ACGCUGCCUCCACCGCCAACGCUCCCGCAGACCCGCUCCUCCUCCCCGGCCGUCCCUUCCUCGCUUCCGGCGGAAGCGGCCUCAACAAGGGAAACUUUAUUGUUCCCGGGCGGCGGUGCGGGCGGCGAUGUCGGUGAACUACGCAGCGGGGCUGUCGCCGUACGCGGAUAAGGGCAAGUGCGGGCUGCCCGAGGUCUUCGACCCCCCCGAGGAGCUGGAGCGCAAGGUGCGGGAGCUGGCGCGGCUGGUGCGGCAGUCCCCCCGCGUCGUCUUCCACACGGGCGCCGGCAUCAGCACCGCCUGCGGCAUCCCCGACUUCAGAGGCCCCCACGGCGUGUGGACCAUGGAGGAGCGCGGCCUGGCCCCCAAGUUUGACACCACCUUCGAGAGCGCCCGGCCCUCGAAGACCCACAUGGCCCUGGUCCAGCUGGAACGCGCCGGCUUCCUCAGCUUCCUGGUCAGCCAGAACGUAGACGGGCUGCACGUACGCUCGGGCUUCCCCAGGGACAAGCUGGCCGAGCUCCACGGAAACAUGUUUGUAGAGGAAUGUCCCAAGUGUAAGAUGCAAUACGUGAGAGACACAGUCGUCGGCACCAUGGGCCUCAAGGCCACGGGCCGGCUCUGCACAGUGGCCAAGGCGAGGGGACUGAGGGCCUGUAGGGGGGAGCUGAGGGACACCAUUCUGGACUGGGAGGACGCCCUGCCUGAGCGGGACCUGAUGCGUGCUGACGAGGCUAGCAGGACCGCAGACCUGUCAGUCACCCUGGGCACCUCGCUGCAGAUCCGCCCCAGUGGGAACCUGCCCCUUGCCACUAAGCGCCGGGGAGGCCGUCUGGUAAUUGUCAACCUGCAGCCCACAAAACACGACCGCCAGGCCGACCUCCGCAUCCAUGGCUACGUGGACGAGGUGAUGAGCGGGCUCAUGAAACAUCUGGGGCUGGAGAUCCCCGCCUGGGACGGGCCCUGCGUGCUGGACAAGGCCCUGCCACCCCUGCCACGGCCAGCUGCACCCAAGACUGAGCCCCCUGCACACCUCAAUGGCUCGGUGCACGCUGCGUGUAAGCCAGAGCCCAACAGCUCUGUACCCCACAGGCCCCCCAAAAGAGUAAAGACCGAGGCUGCCCCCAGCUGACCCGCGUGCGUGGGGUGGGAGGGGCAUUUGUAGGAACCACACAUGUUGGGAUUUCUGUUUUGUUUUUUGUGUGCUGAGGACUGAGCCCGGGCUUGCACACACCACACCUCGCCUUUUCCAGAUUCUUCUUUGAAACCUGGGCUCCCUAAGUCGCUCAGGCUGGCCUGGAGCUAGCGCCCUGCCCCCCUCAGCCUCCACAGUAGCAGGGGUGGCAGGCGAUGCCACCAGGCCCUGCACAGCUCCUUGGGAGUCUCACUGUGGCCCUUGUCCACGUCCCUUCGGGGAAUCUCGGGACACGGGGUUCCCACACGGGCGGAAGAGGCUGUGUCCCAGCCUCGAGGAUUCAUGUGUCCCACCUGCCACCUCUUGUGACUCAGGAUGAGCCUGAUCAGCAGUCACACACUCCACUCCGAACCCCUUGAUCCAGAGCCACCAGGGACCCAUCUACACUAAGGGACCGCAGGCCUCUGGAAGCCCCCCAAUGCAAUAAACAUGGAAUUCCUUUCGUAUUUUUAAA